CGAGCGCAAACGCAAGUGCGACGGCAGCAUGCCCUGCGCCAUGUGUGUGCGCUUUGAAUACGACUGCCACUACCAUUCCGCCGGCCGGAAGAGGUUGGCCCUGGAUCCUGGCCCGCAGGUCUCGAUAACCGAUGCGCGUGCCGUCUCGCCGUCCGUCGCCGCCGAUUCUGCGCCUUCAUCUGUCACGGGCACGCAGUUGCAGUCGCUGGAAGCAAAUUCUGGCGCUGCGUUUCUGAGGAAGCUGGCUAUGGGCAUCGAUCCGGCGAACGCGCCCCGGCUGCAGCUCUUUGCUUGGAAUCUCUUCAAUGGCUCCCGGAAAACCGCUCGGGUGCCUUGCGUCCGGCCGAUCGUGGAGAUCAUCUCUCUGGCCGACAUGGAGUCGUUGAUUACAGUCUACUUUAACAAGGUCCAUCCCUGCUAUGGAUUUGUGGAUCGCGCCUUGGUGGAGCAGCACAUGCAGGCACGCUGGGCCACUGCAACACCCACGCAGGAGCCGUACGACGCCGUGCUUUGCGGCAUAGCCGCUCUCGGAUAUUUAUUCUCGUGCAAAAAUGCCGUCGACGAGGAGCAGGACCUUGUCGAGACGGCCAAGCACAUCCUCGAGCAAUCGACCACGCAACCUGGUAUUGAUGCCGUCACGAGCUGGGCCCUCCGCGUGGCGUACCUGCGCAUCACGGCGCCGCCACAUAUCGCGUGGAUGGCGAGCUGCACGCUGAUGCACACGCUAGAAGCGUCGGGCAUCGUGUCCAAGCACGUGACCAACGUGCUCGUGGAGUCGACGCAAGAGGAAAACGCGUCGCCUGAGCUGGUCGGCCGUCUCUGGGGUGUCGCCAACCACCUCAACAUCUGGAUGUCGUUUGACCUGGGCCGCUCGCGCGUAGUCCUGCACGACUCGCCCAGCGCGAUGCCCUCUCCGCGCCCAGGCGACUACAUCGCCGAAUUGCUCUCCUUGCUCCCGUACUCCGAGUCCCUCGACCCCCACAAAAACGUCGACCUCCUCCAGCUGCGGCGCUCCCUUUCCCUCGUCCUCAGCGGCACGCACUCGAUUCCACCAUCCGUGCUCGCGCAAUCAAACCUCGCGCUCUGCAUCUGCCGGCGUCUGCGCGCCCUCGACUCCGCCAUAUCAGGCGACCUGCUGCGCAAGGUCCUGGACCUGGCGUCCCGCGGCAUCGCCGCCGCCCUCGCUAUGCUCCGCGAGGGAAGCCCUUGGCACCACGUCGCGAACGUGCCCUUCCAAAUCGUGUGCAUCCUUCUGGCCAUCGACAACGCGGCGUCGCUCGCGCGGCUGAAAGACGCCAUCAAGGCGCUCAGCGAGGUCGCGAGGGUGUACGACACGGAGGCAGCGCACGAGGCGCUGAGCACGGCGUGCCUGCUAGUGUUGCUACACCAGCGGCAAAAGGAGCAAGAAGCCAAAGAGCUAGCGAGCGUGCUAGCAGCGUACUCGCCCGCCUUCGACGAGCGCGGCAACGAUGGCUACGGGCUGGGCGUCGACGGAGCUGGUGGUGCUGGGAGCGGUGCAGCUGGUGCUGGCGCAGGUGCUGGAGGCGCGGCGGUGGGCGCGGCGGGCGGCGCGGGCGCUGCUACCGGCGCUCCUGCUUGGUUGGAGAAUCUGACGACGGAUUUCCCGAACUUGCAGGAUUUUGAUAUCGACCAGUUUCUGUGCGGGAGUGGGCAGUGGGACGUGCCGGAGUCGUGGAUGUAUAGCAUUUGAGGGUAAUGGUGUGAGGAUGCGUGGUAAUGAUGUUGUUGGUAUGGCGCGGUCGAGCCUAUGUAUUAUACCCACCGAGUAUGUUACUAUCUAGGGACUUGUGAGUGGAUU